AGACAUGUACGAGCGAGCCGUGCUGAGGAAGCCUGUUGGGAAGACCUUUGGUGCUCGGGUGGACUUGUGGUCGAUAGGUGUGACACUUUACCACGUGGCGACGGGAAUGCUGCCCUUCCGUCCCUAUGGUGGGCGCCGCAACAAGGAGACCAUGUACCAUAUCACCACGGAGAAGGCGCCGGGGGUCAUCUCAGGGGUGCAGACCUCGGAGAACGGGCCCAUUGAGUGGUGCACGUCCUUGCCGGAAACCUGUCCGUUGAGCCUGUGA